AUGUGUCCGCUGAUUGCCUACCCUUACCUCGUGAGUCUGUUCGCCUACGCCGUCAUGAUAGCCUCGGCUGUUCUCAUGAUUGUGGGCUGGAUGGCCACAGUUUGCACAGACGAUAGUAGCUGCGUCUUCCGCGCUGCGCUGGCGGGUUACUGGUUUUCGAAUCUGGGAGCUUCCAUCUUUGCGGCCUUUGUGGUGCAGACCCUCCACUUCCACAUAGGCGAAGGCGACGAAAGCUUGCUCUUAAGCGUCAUUGGCACCAAUGCGUAUACGACACUAGUCUUCGAGGCGCCGAUGGCGAUCGUGCAGCAUGUAAGCUGCAUCCGGCGCCGUGGGGCCUUGUUCGUGACCAGCUCGGGUAUGCUGGGGAUUAUGUGGUCCGGGGCGGCCUUUGCCAUGGCUUCCGAUCCGAAGAUGGGGACGCUGUAUGGCGCCCACCCACUGGUGGUAGCUGCGUUUAGCUUUCUGCUGGAGCUGGCCAAGAAGAUGGUGAUGCGACAACUGCGGCGGUGGUGGUGCGGCUUCGAGCCGAGCAAGCAGCUCGACCUGGAGCUCGGCUUGUGCUUGCGGGCCAUCUCAAGCCCUGUGCCGGAGGACAACCAUGCACCUCCUCCACGGCCGGCUUUGCGGCGGAGUAACCUGAGGUUUCUUACUGGAGAUUUCGGGAAGCUGACGUUGUCGAGGAAGUCGAGCCUGCCAUCCAGUCGGCCCUCCACAGACGACUCGACGUCCCCAUGCGCAGAGACUUUUGAGUCCGAGCGGCCUGAAAAAGAGAGAGAGCCCGAGACGGAAGGCGCGGUUUAA